GCAGGUGGUUGUGGAAAUUUGUUUGCUUUUGCCGAUUUCGCGUCGUUACGCGUAGACGGGUUUUGAUUUUCGAAAGUUUCGUUGUUUUGUUCAAGUGCACUAAGAAUUUGGUUUGAUGACAAACGGUGGCUAUCUGACAAAGUGACCACUUAUCAACGCUGGACUGAACUUACCGGCAUAAAGCACAGGAAUUCUUGUCGGUAUUAAUAGAUUUCCAACCCCUCGUCGAGCUUUCUGCGCUGAAAUCCAGGUAAACAAGGGGAAAAAGCAGAGACCAGCGCUAAGUGCCGGCAUUUUACCAAGAUUUUCAUUAGUCUAGCCCUAUAAUGGUCGAUUUCGGACAGAAGGAGCGUACCAACAGAUUCGUUUGUCCCAACGACAGGCAAUUAGCGCUGAGGGCUAAAUUAAAUACCGGCUGGAGCGUCAAGACCGCAGUUCUCGGAUACAGCCACAAAGUCCCCCAAGUCUCCCCUUUGGCUGCAGAAGAACAAGAGGCCAUUGUGCAAGUUAUACAAAGAGCGGAACAGUUGGAUAUUUCGGAACAACACAGGGUAGGAAAACUGGUAGAGAAAUUGGAAAACAUGAGAAGGAACGCGCUGGGGAAAAACGCUUCACAAUGCUUGUUAUGCGGUGACGGAUUUGGUUUACUUGGUGCACAAAAAAUAGUUUGUAUGGAUUGUAAAAGACUGGCUUGUACAAAAUGUUCCAUAGAUACUCUAGCUGGUAAGGGUCCAAGACACGUUUAUCAAACGCAGCCUAAGACAUCGCCCAUUUUAGUAAACCUCCUGUAUAUGACGAAAAGGGGAAAAGUGAGAAUUAAAAAAGUGCUUCUUUCUAGCAGCACCACAAGAGAAGAACAUUGGCUGUGUAUGAUUUGCGCUGAAACUAGGGAGAUGUGGAAGAAAUCCGGCGCAUGGUUUUAUAAAAGCAUUCCAAAAUAUAUUCUUCCAGUAGAAAAUUCUAGGUUUAUGAGGAGUAAAAGUGUUAGAGCUUCCAGACGAUAUAAGGACGAUGAUAGCAGUUCCGAUGACGAGAGGAAAAUUUGGGGUAGGCGAAAGAGAACUAAUUCUAGUACGGAGAGUGCUCUAGAUGCGUUGGAACAAGACCAACAAAUAUAUCACAAUAACGUUAGUAGUUAUAUAUACAGCAGGCAAACUAGUUCCAGCGAAUCACAGAUGUCUCGAGAAAUAGAUUCAUUGAAGACUCAAGUGAGUUCCAUGACUUUGAACGAAACGAAGAGUUGGGAAGAACCUAGUUCAGAAGGGAGGGUUACAAAUUUUGAUAGUCUUGAAGCAUCUCGUCGAGAUUCGAUGGCUGCUAGGUCAUUAUCGGAUUGGAACUGGUCCGAAUUUAGAACGGACGAAAAAGUAUCACCUAGUACAUCUAGUAUCAACAGCAGUGUUUUUAGGACCUACACCGACGAAAAAUCAGCAGAUACGUCCAUGGGAAUAAUCGAAUUGUCACUCACCUACGACCAAGAGACAAGUACCCUUUACUGCACCGUCUAUAGAGCCAAAAAUGUAAUAACAAUGGACAUGGCCGGCCUGUCAGACCCUUUCUGUAAAUUAAACAUAUUGCCAAACGCGAAAAUGUCUACCAGACUGAGAACCAAAACAGUUCACAAAACCAGAAAUCCCGAAUUCAACGAAAACUUGACGUUCUACGAUAUCAGUGAGAGUGAUUUGAUGAAAAAGAGCUUGCAUAUUUUGGUGGUUGAUGAUGAUAAAUAUGGCCAUGACUACAUGGGAGAAACUAGAAUUAAACUAGCGAAGCUGAAAUACCAGUCUACUAUUUACUUGACAGUUCCUUUGGAAAAUCUUCGUCCAGAGCAGAAAGGACCAGCCUCAUCUACAGAACUGACUGAAUGGUUCGACGAUCUUUGGUCCAGAGGUCAAAUUCUACUAGGUCUUUGCUACAAUACCAAGAAACGUGCGCUAGUAGUUACAGUCGCCAGAUGCGUUAAUCUGCUACCCAUGGAUAACAAUGGACUCUCUGAUCCCUUUGUUAAAUUGCAGCUUAAACCCGAUCCCAAUCAUAAGAAACAUAAAACUUCUAUAAAAUGGAAAAACUUGAAUCCCAUUUUCAACGAAGAAUUCGCUUUUGAAACCAGACCCACCGAACUUAGUACACAAAGUUUAUACAUCACAGUGUACGACAAGGAUUACGGGAAGAGCAACGACUACUUGGGAGGUCUAAUUUUAGGGGGAACGGGAUCCAAAGGUCUGAGAUUAAAGCACUGGAUGGAUAUGAUUAGAUAUCCGGAUCACAGGCACGAGCAAUGGCAUAACUUAACCGAAGAUGUUUUAGAGUAAAAACAACUUUAUUUUGCAAUUUCAACAUCUUUUUAUUGGGCAUAAGUUUACGUCUACACUUUAUAUAUGUUUUUGUCGUUCUUUCCAACUUUUUUAAUUAUAUUUCAAGUAUUUUACAUAAAGAUUUGUGUAUAUUUGUUAUAUUGGGGCAAAUUUAUUGUGAUACUAUUAAAAUGUUAUAGGUCGCUUGUAUAAAUCUAUACAAAGGAAAUAGAUACAUAUGUUAUUGUUGCAUGUUUUUAUAAUAAAGAAGCUAAUAGUGCAGUCACUGAAGGUUUUCACCUUAUUUCAUUGAACCUCCAUCGAUUUUCAUGAAAAUUGGUGAGUAGUUAGAGGAUAUCUCAAGGAACAAAGGUGACAUGAUUACAGCUUGCGCUUUGACCCUGGGGUGGAUGCCACCCCUUCUCGGUGGUGAAAAUUAUUUUAUUAAAAAUAAUACCACAAGUCGAUAGAGGGAAAAAUUCUUAGCAAAAUUUGUUUAUUAAUAUAAAUCAAUACUUUUUGAGUUAUUUAAGAUAAAAGAUUUAUUUUUUUUUUUUAAAAAGGCAUGUUUUAAAGCAGUUUUUCACGUACCUAUAACUCAAAAACUAUAAGCUUUUUCAAAAAAGUUGUUGUUACCAAAAUUGAAGAUAUUAAAAAAUUGAAUACACUCCUCACUUAAAGAACUAAACUAAUGUUAAUUUAAAGUUAGAUGAGUAAUUGAAGUUUCUUUAUGGUUGAGAUAGAAAUGUUUAAAGAUUAAAUUUUGCUGCGAGAACCAUGUAACCGGAGCCAUUUAACCUUUUACGUUAAAAAAAGUAAGGGGUUUAAAAGAUUAAAUUCAACAUGGUUUAAUAGCCCUUUGAAUUAACUUUCAAAUGGUUUUUAGGUGAAUCUGAUAUCGUAAAAAUUAACGGAGUAAUUUACCAAAAAACCAAAAAAAAAUUUAGAAAAAUUUUUGAGCAUAAAUUUUAAUGCUAUCAACUUGUUUGUCGGUUCAUUUGAUAGAUAUUUCUAAGUACUUUGACAAAUGUUAAAUAAGUUUGUGUUAUAAAAUGCAUCAUUUUCCCGUUAUUUAAGCUUGAAUAUUUAGAUUUGGGUACUCGCCGAAAAAUAUAUACACUCAAUUACCUAUAACUUAGUUUUGGUUAACAUUAAAAGGUUGUUCUAGUAAGGAGUUUAUUCCACUUUUUAUUAGCUUUAAUUUCGUUAAUAAUAACUUUUUUGUAAAAACUUAUAGUUUUUGAGUUAGUUCUGAAAAAUCGGUUAAAAGCAUGCAUUUUUCUCACGAAAAAUUAAAAUCUUUGAUCUUUAAUAACUCAAAAAGUUUCGGUUUGUUUUAAUAACUUUAUAUAACAAAUUUUGCUCAGAAUUUGCUCCUCUAUCUAAUUAUGGGGUUAUCUUUAAUAAAAUAAUUUUCACCCCCGAGAAGGGGUGGCAUGCACCUCCAGGGUAAAAGCGCGAGUUGGCACCAUGUCACCUUUAUUCCUUGAGAUAUCCUCUAACCACUCACCAAUUUUUAUGCAAUUCGAUGCAGGUUCAACUAAAUCGGAGGUAAUAUCUAUAUCCACCUUCAGUGACUCCACUACUAAAGUACAUAACUAAAUUCGUUUUCAAGAUAUGCAUUUGAAUUUGCAUCUAAAAUAAAAAGAAGGUAGAAAGGUUGAGAGACAACCGAAUAUUUUUGGAGUAUACCUAAUGUUUAGCUUGUAUAAUGUGUAAGAGUACAUAAAAAGAUCUUUGUAUUACAUUUAGUUAAACAAAUAAUAUAAAAGCACCAGAAAAUAAAUAUUUCUUACAAUAAUACAAUAAAAACAAAGUUGAUUGUCUUAAACCAUUGCUGUUUGAUACAUAUUACUGUUAAAAACCAUCUGCUCUUUUUAUUUCUUCUUCUUAUAACGAUUAGAAAGCCAUUGAAAUAUAGUAGCCUCAUGUGGAAAAAGAGUGACUUCAGGUGGUAAUAUUAUAUCCGAUCGUACACAAGAACAAUGCAAAGGUUUCUUUGUUCAUUCUCGGACGUUAUUAGGGUAGGGGGAUUUUUUAGUUUUUUAAUUUUUCUAGAUAUUCCAAACACAGACACGGUUAAUGAUGAGGGAAUUUGAAAACCGGUUUGGCUUGGUACAGCUCUACCAAAAGUUUUAAAGGCUAGCAAAAUACAAUGCUAUACUGCCCCUACACAAUUUAAACCUGGUGAAACAACUGUGUUUACAAUCGGACUCAACUCAAAAUAUCAUACGCAAAAUACCAACCAUCAAGCAGUAAUCUAGCAUAGUUGUUAAACGUCUGGGCUCUCUACAAAUAUCUUAGGGUAAGAACAGAACAAGUGGGUCGCAGUGGAGGUCGCGGUGGAGGUCGCGGUCGAUGUCGAUAUCCAUGUAAAACAAACAAAUUGUAGAGAAUGGAAGAGAACAGAGCAGGUAAGUCGCGGUGGAAGUUUAGCGCCAUGCCAUCCAGGAGGUUCACAUCGAUGCUUUUGAAAAUAAAAUGAGUUUCUUUUACAUGGAUGUCUACUGCGCGGCCUACAAGGAUGCUUCCCUGUGAUUGGUCCGUUCGAAGCCAAGUUUUCAUUAUCUGCGCCAUCUGAGUUGAUACUUUUUAUAUAAUCCCUUUUUUGUAUUCAGUUUACUUUUGAAUUUCUAAAGUACUUAAAUUCAGUAAAUUUUUGAAAUAUGAAAGAGGAUCUGAUUAUUUACAGCUGACAUUUCAUCACUAUUAUUACUUGACUGACACAACAUCGCAAAAGCAGUCUUUUUGUCAUUCAAAUUCUAUUAAACUACUUCACUUGAUAGUGGUUCUAGCUCGACUGACAGAGCAGGUGACCUCCUUGCUAUGUGCUGUCGACAUCGACCGCGACUUAACUAGUAGCAUCCACCGCGACCUACACCUCUUCCUCGACCCACUUGUUCUGUUAUUAACCUUAGGUAAAUUUUGUAUAGAAAAAAUCAAUGUUUUUCGAUAUACUUACUCAUUUAUGAUUCACUCAAUUUUUUCCGUAGAAAAAUUUUUUUCAAACCAAGUUCUUGGGAAUUAAAUAACCUACAAUUUUAUAUUAAAACAUUUUUUCCUAUCUCUGAUUCUAGUCUUUUAUUCUGAAGAAAAUGGCAUUUUUUACCAAAUUACAAAAAUUCGUUUUUCGCUUUUCACUCCAGUUAUUUAAAAACUAAUCAUUCUAAGCCAGUCAAACUUUUAGAAUCUAUUAAUAAUACAUAAAUAAAUAAGAAUGAAUAAGGCCAAUGACUAAAAACACCGCUAACUUACAUUAUUAUGUUUCCAAUUGGAUUUCUCUUUUUUUUUUCAAAAAAAUAUAUUGAUUUUUUAACCGUAACUUUUUUAUUUUUUAUUUUAGAAAGUUUGGUAAAAACAAUUCGAUAGGCUAAUACAAGAUCUAUAAGACUAUUAAUAUUAAAUCUUUUUAAAAUCCUCAGUCGCAAAAAGAGGCGACUUUGAAAGGGUUGGUAAAGGUGGUUUUUGCAUGUUAUUACAAGCUUUAAUUGUUAAUAGCUCACUCAAUUUUUACCGUAGAAAAAUUUUUCGCAAACCGUGUUCUUGAGAAUUAAAUAAACUACAAUAUUUCGUAUUUAAACAUUUUUUCGUAUCUCUGAUGCUAAUCUUGCUAUUCUGAAGAAAAUGCCAUUUUUUUCUAAACUACAAAAAUUCGUCAUUCAAUUUAACUCCAGUUUUUUAAAAACUAAUCAUUCUACGCCAGUCAAACUUCUAGAAUUAAAACGUAUUAAUAAUACAUAAAUGAAUAAGGUCAAUGACCAAUUUUAAUUAGGGUGGUGAUUACGGGGUUGCUUGCGAUCAGUUUUUUGAUGAAUAAAAUAUGGACUGAUAUUCUUUUCAUUAUAAGUCACUUAAUUUUUAAGCUAGAGACUUUUUUAUUUCUGGAGAUAGAUAUUUUUAAGUACUUUAAAUUAGUUUCAACAAGUUGUUCUCUAAAAAUGCAUAGUUUUCCAGACUUUUGACUUUGAAACUACAAUAUUUAGCAUUUGACGAAGAAGAGCUAUCAUAUAAUAAAGUAUAGCUCGAUUACUAUUGGUCUUAAAGAAAAUUUUAAAAAACGGUUUUGUUUAUUUUUUUAAAAGGUACAUUUUUGAUAAGUAUAGUUGUUUUGAUAAAACGAAAACUUUUGGAGUUAUUAGCAGAAAACAUUUAAAAACAUAGAUUUUUCGAUAUAAAACUAAUAAUUUCAAUAGCGAAUAAAUCAAAAACUAUCAAUUUUAUCAAAAAAAUGUAUUGAACGUUUUUUACUUAGAAUGAACGUUUUUACCAACUUUUGCGAUUAAAAUAUAAGAACGAAUUUCCACCCCCGAGAUGGGGUGGCAACCACCCCCAUGGUAAAAGCGCCUUUCAAAAUGUUAUAGAUUUUGAUCCUUGGCCUAUCCACUUCUUAUUCUCAAAUUCUUAAGCAAAUCGAUCCAUUCUGUAAAAAUUGCGAGGUUUUGUCCUAUUUUAAGCUUCAUUACUUGGACCUUUGGUUCGUGACAUGAACGAAAUAGACACGUUAACAUGCUAAUAUGAAUGGAUUGUUACAGCCUAAUCUUCAAAACCUACAUACAACAUGAAAUUUUGAUUUUCAGUUUUGGCAAACAAAUACAAUACAAAAAUAACAAACGAUCUCACAUCACGGGAAAUGCUUGUACUAAGAUGAAAUUGGUGGAAUUUGUUGCUGAAUUGGUGAAGUUUAGAAAAACGUAUGCAAGUUUAAAUGCAGCGUUUUUUAGACACUUUUCAAAUGUCUCAUAUUUGUUGCCAAAAUUCAAAUUCGAAACUUCAUGUUACAGUUCUGAAGACUAUGCCCUAAGAACCGGAAUAUGUAUCAUAGUGACCGGUCAAUGGAAGUGAUAGUAAAAAUUUUAAAAAAUGUUAGAAUCUCAAACGAAAUAUUCAUAUUUAUACAUAAUUGAAAAUUUCUGACGUGCAACAAUAAUAACUCAGUAAUAAUUGUAUAAUAAACUAUUUCUGUUCAAAUAAAAUUGUAUUUUUAAUAUCAAAUUCCUAAAGCUAAUAGAGUAGGUCAUAUUGUAUGAGAUUAUAAAUAUUUUUGUGCUAGAUCAAUCUAUUUUUUGACGUGAUAGAGUAAUAAACGAAAAUAUAGGUUAUAGUAUGGUGAUCCUUAUAAAGUUCAAAUAUAGUACUUGUAUUAUAUUAUGUUUAAGUACUUACUUAUAUUUACCUUCCGUGUCCGGAACACCAGCCACUAUUUUCAUAUUUGUCCCAUGGUUGACCACACAGAUGACCCUGUAAUUUGCUUAAAAUAGGUCUUUAUCUGUGCAGGUCUCUCUCAUGCUUGUGGAUAUUGGUAAUGGUAAGUGGUGACUUCUCUAAAUCAAUUAAUCGUGCAACAUUAUGGAAGGCAAUGAUCGAGUUCGGCGUACCCAAGAAACUAGCUGCGGUAACACAAAUGUGUGGAAGUAACUCCUUUGCACAAGUUAGAAUAGGGGGAAAAUAUCAAACGCUUUCUGCGUUAAUUCUGGACUGAGACAAGGAGAUCCGUUGUCCCCAUUGUUGUUUAACCUGACCUUAGAAUAUGUCAUGCGGAAAAUAUAUCACAAAAUCAAACCAGACAUAACUGCUCGGGGAGCAAAAAUCAUACUCGUCUUUGCCGAUGACGUAGACGCAGUAGCACAAACAACAUUAGAAAUUAAGGAUAGUUUCUCGAGCUUUGAAGAACAUCUGCAUUAAACAUCGGUCUCAAAAUAAAUGAAGCCAAAACAAAAUACAUGGUCGUCUCAAAACAAGAACGACGGCGAAUAAGGCAAAACAUUACUAUAAACUUAUAAACGAUCACAACUUCGAAGUAGUUGAAGAAUUUAAAUAUCUAGGAGCAACAAUCACAAAUGACAACAAAUUAGAGCGAGAAGUUGAAACGAGAAUAAUGGCAGGAAACAGAUCUUUCUUUGCAAUGCAACAUCUAAUGAAAUCAAAACUUCUUUCACGAGGUGCAAAAAUCCAGAUAUAUAAGACCAUAAUACGACCAGCAGUCGCGUAUGGAAGCGAAACAUGGACGCUAACAAAAAGAGAAGUUAAUAAAUUGCUGGCGUGGGAACGUAAAAUCCUUCGAAUGAUAUAUGGCCCUUGCAGACACAGCGCGACAAACGAAUGGAGGCGCAGAUACAAUAACGACCUAGAGUCUCUAUUAGGAAAAGAAAAUCUAGUCAGAUAUAUAAAGGCUAAUAGACUCAGAUGGGCAGGGCAUGUGAUACGCAGUAACGACAAUCGCCUUAUAAACAAUGUGUUCUGGGAAAGGCCAGAUGGAAGAAGGUCUGUAGGGCGGUCUAGAAAAAGGUGGAAAGAUGCAGUUAAAGAAGAUCUAGAGAAAAUGGGAGUGCGACAAUGGGAAUUAGUGGCACAGGACCGACACACAUGGAAGGCAAUAGUAAACGCGGCAAAGACUCACGAAUAGUUGUAGCGCCAUUGAUGAUGAUGAUGAUGAUGAUGAUGAUGAUGAUGAUGACUUCUCUAAACCGCACCACAUUCACAUCGGUAUCCUGGUAUACUCAUUCUCUCAGGUUACUACCAAAACGUGAAACACUAGAUUUUAGUCUUUAAUCACUCUCAAUGUCGAGAAAGGCAAUUUGUGUCCAGCAGCAAUUUUCUGAAGGGCGUUUUAGGUUCUUUGGAGAUGGAUGUUGAUUUUGUUAUAAAUCUUUUCCGAGACAUUAGUCUGCUUGGCUGAGUUUGGUGGUCUUCGAUCUGUCUCCUGCUUACAUUAUGAUAAUGUCCCAUUAGAACUAUGGCGUAGACCUUCAAAGUAGACCUAAGUCAAAAGUAAUAACUAAAAAGGGGUACCAAAAGGGAGAAAAACAACAUAAAAUAAUCUGAUAUGGGGAAGAUGCAAUACUAAUCUCUUAAAGUGAAGACGAUUUAUAACGUAUGCGGCAACAAUUUAAUAUAACCGCCAGAAAAUUUAUCAUGUUAAUUUCCCCAAAGACAGAAAUCAUGCUUAUAACAGCAAAUCUAGUAAGACGUAAAUUAAAACUGGAGGGUCAAAAAAUAGAACAAGUAAUGGAGUUGAAAUUCCUAGGCAUCACACUGUCUAGCCACGCAAAGCUCAAAAAAUAAGUGGAAGAUUAGGAUAAUAGAGUAGAGCAAACAGAGCCGCAAAUUGUUUGAAUGAAACAAUAUGAAAAAAAAAACAAUGGAGAAAAAAAAGUAUCGGGAAGGAAAUGAAAGGCAGAAUUUACAAAAGAGUUAUCAGACCAAUAAUGACAUAGGCAACAGAAACACGACCUGAUACAGAGAACAUAAAAAGAAUCCUAGAAACAGCAGAUAUGAAAUCUCUUAUAUCGACACUAUGGGACAGUGCCAGAAGUACACAUACGAGAUGGAAAUGAAAAAUGGAGAACAUGAAUGGAAUGACGAUAUAAGCCGAAUGACAACAAAUAGAGUAAAGACGGCGGGAGACGGUUCCCCAAUAGGAAGACGAUCAGUGGGAAGACCACGAAAACGUUGGAACGACAACUCCAUGCAGGCACAUUUAAAAAACAGGCAGAAUCAUGUCUACACAAAAGAAGAAGAAGUAGAAAUUUUCAUCCUGUAGAGGGUGGAUCAGCGAAUUUGCCAACAAAUUAAACACACUUUAGACUAUUCAUCAUCACACUUUACACUCCUUGCCUUAUCCCUAUGCGGGGUUGGCUUCCCUAAUUGCAUUUCUCCACACAAUUCUAUCUUGGAUCAUAUCAAUGUUAAUCCCCUUUACCAACAUGUCCUGCCUUAUCGUCUCCCCCAGGUCCUCUUUGGUCUUUCUCUCCUACUCCUUCCAGGAAUCUGCACUUCAGCUAUUCUUCGUAUUGGGUGAUUAACGUCUCGAAGUUGAACAUGACCAAACCAUCUUAACCUAUGCUCUCUCAUUUUGGCAUCAAUUGAUGCCUCAAUUGGUGCCACACCUAGACUUCCCCUAAUAUACUCAUUUCUAAUUUUAUUUUUCUUUGUCACUCCACUCAUCCAUCUAAGCAUUCUCAUUUCCGCCACGUGCAUUCGUUGUUCCUCUUUCUUUUUCACUGCCCAAUAUUCAGUUCCGUACAUUAUAGCCAGUCUUAUAGCUGUUUUAUAGAAUUUUUCCUUCAGCUUCAUUGGAAUAUUUCUGUCACACAACACACCACUCGCUUCUUUCCACUUCAUCCAUCCAGACCUAAUUUUACUGCAUGCAUCUUCAUAUAUUUCUCCAUUACUCUGUAAUACCGAUCCUAUGUAGGUACUUAAAACUAUUGCUUUUCACAAUCAUUUCACCAUCCAAAGAUACCAUUUUAUUUGUAGUAACUCCAUCUUUAAAUGAACAUUCCAAAUACUCUGUUUUUGUCCUACUAAGUCUUAAACCUUUUUUCCUCCAGAGCUUGUCUCCACUGUUCCGGUUUUUGUUCUAAGUCUCUUUCACUAUUUCCUAUUAACACUACAUCAUCAGCAUACAUUAGGCACCAUGGAAUUCUACCCUGUAGUUUCGCUGUUAUCUGGUCCAAAACUAAUGAGAAUAAAUAAGGACUAAGCACCGAGCCUUGGUGCAAUCCUACUUUCACCUUAAAUUUAUCAGUCUCUCCCACACCGGUCCUAACACUAGUCGUUACUCCCUCAUACAUAUCUCUCACAAUCUUUACAUAUUCGCCAGCGACUCCUUUCUUAUUGAGAGCCCACCACAGAAUCUCUCGAGGAACUCUAUCAUAUACUUUCUCCAGAUCAAUGAAUACCAUAUGAGCGUUGGUCUCUUUAUUCCUGUAUUUUUUCAUCAGUUGCCUUACAAAGAAAAUUGCAUCUGUUGUGGAUCUGCCCUGCAUAAAGCCAAAUUGAUUAUCGGAUAUUUCGGUUUGUUCACGUAUCCCUCUAUCAAUUACUCUCUCUCAUAUUUUUAUGGUGUGGCUAAUGGUAGGGGAGCCCAAGCGGGGAUUUUUGCAGUUACUCGAGCGCGUCAGAUUAUCACAUGGGGAGAAACCCUGCAGGUGCCCUGCAGAUGUACCUCCACCAUAUAUUAGCUCUUAACACAGGGGAGUUCGUUAAGGGGGGCCCGAAAAAAAAAUCUAUCCUUAAAAAUACUCGAAAUUGUCAGAUUAAAAUAAGGUAAGUUAAGGACAUGCAAAACAGUGUAUUUUUAAAAAAUCUGACGAUUUGAGCGGAGCGUAAGAAAAUGGGCGAGUUAAAAAUUUUCACAAAAAAAGAGCGAAUAAUUCGCGAAAUGAACGUUAGAUCGAAAAACUAAAAAAUACGUGUUCAAUAUUUUUCAAAAAUAUAUCGAAUAAUACUAAACAUGACCCCCCACGGAGAGGGGUGGGGGUAAAUUUAAAAUUUUAAAUACAAAUCCCGCGAUAUUUCGCAAAAUAAACAUUAGAUCGAAAAACUGCAAAAUACACUUAAUCAAUAUUUUUGAAAAAUUUUUCGAAUGGUACCAAACACGACCCCCACGGAAGUGGGGUGGGGGUUACUUUAAAACCUUAAAUAGGAGCCCCAAAUUUUUAUUCCAGAUUUGGAUUCUUUACGUAAAAAUAAGCAACUGGCAAGCGCCCACUAAAAUGGAAAAUUUUACUUAACUUUUUUUGGUUUUAGGACCUACAUACUCUUCCCAACCCAAUAGGUCCCCAAAGCGCUCGGGUGACUGCACAUUUAGCAUACUUCGCUCCCCUACUAUAAGUAGUUUUAUAGCCCUGUAGUUUGUACAUUGUUGUAUGUCUCCCUUGUUUUUGUAGACAGGUACUAAUAUACUGGUUCUCCAUUCAUCUGGCAUUUGUCCAACUUCCGUAACUCUAUUAAAUAGACCUGCUAGCCAACUUAUUCCCGUCUCUCCCAAUGCUCUCCAUACUUCCCCAGGAAUACCAUCUGGUCCGACUGCUUUUCCUUUGUUUAUUUUUUGAAGCACUUGAGCUUUAGACACUUUAUUAUCGUCUUUUCAGAUAUAGGGGUCUUUCCUUGAGGACCCUUUGAUCCGAAUGAAUUGAACUAUAACAUCCGGGUACAAGUGAGCCCAAACGCAGUUCUAGAGGGGUGAACUUCGUAUUACAUCUUUAUAUUAUUUUAUUGAACUUCUGGCAUAAUUUCUAUAGAGUAUUAAGAGUGUGGAUGAUUUGUCUGUCAUACUUUAUCCUUUAUUUUUUAGUCUUUACUAACUUAUUUAUAAAGGACAAGUAUUUUUCAUUAAAAUAAAUGCUAAUAAUAUAUAUUAAUGUAAUAAUUUUGAAUAAACUUUACAAUAGUUUUAAUUUUACUACUUUUUUGAAUAUUGCUAUUGUUUAUUCCACAAUUUAAUAUUAUAUCUCUCGGAUUAUAUUUAAAAAACAACACAAAAUCAUCGAAAUGUUUUUGAAAUAAACAAUUAAAAGGAUCGCUAUAAAAUAACAACCAUUAUUUUAAUAUAAUGCAAACAUUUAAAUAGUAGGAAAAUGUUAUAUUAAUAUUUUCAUAAGUAAAAAUAAAUAUACCUAAUGCUGAUAGCGUAUUUUUGUGACGAUAAAAUAAAGCGACCAAAAUGGAAAAUGUAUGUUAUUCGUUGUAAAUUUGUUGUGAUUAUUUUUGAAUAAAAUUUUAUUAUUGA